UGGCCAUCACCAAGGAGAAGACGGCGCGCAUCAUCCCCAACGCGGUGGCCGUGGUGAGCAGCGAAGGCCGCCACGUGUUCGGCAGCCUGCUCAGCCGUGACUCGGCCUUCGAGACCAUGGUGCGCGUGUGGCGCAAGGAGAUCGGUCGAGACGAGCCCGAUCUCUCCUCGAACGGCAAGGAGGAGUGUAUCGACGAUGAGCCGGGUCUCCUCACGUCUCCGGGCGUGCUGAACGAUCUCUCUGACUCCACGGCCACCGAGGAGAAUGACUCGGCCGUCGACUUCACCCCUCCGACGCCCACGCUCGACCUGCAGCCACCUAGCGGCGCCAGCGUCAAGUUCGAGUCAUUGCCCGUCCGCUCGGCGGCGCCACAAGGAUCUUCCUCAGCAGGGACGCUGGCCGUGGUCCUGCAGGGUGGCCUGACUAGCCUGAUGGGCCACCUGCUGGGCAGCAGCCCGUCCCACCGCUCGACGAUGCUGCUGCUCGCCUGCAAUCUGCUGCUGCUGCUCAUCUUCUGCUCCUCCUACGCCUCCCUCACGCGCAUGGAGGAGAUCCAACGGCGCAUGGAGGGGCCCUACCAGCGGAUGGAUGGUCCCAACAGUCUGGAAGAAGCUGAGAAGACUCUGAACUUGCAGCUGCAACAGCUGGCAAUGGUGCGGAAAUCGCUGGAGACUCUGAGUGGCAUGGCGGCAAGCGGGCCGCAGGGCGACUCCGCCUAGCCGAGGGGCGCAGGGGGCGCCACGUGGCGGCGCCCUCCCUCACCGCCUCCACGGCGUCCGCCCUCGCUGCUUCGGAAGGCCCACACCUCAGUCGUAGCAUUCUAGCCGGCGCUCGGCCUGUUUAGUCGUGGACGAGCGCUUGGUGCGUCGACAUAGCUUUAACCGCGCCCCAUGUUUUCGUCUGUGAUGCCAGGCGACUUUCGCUGAAAGCUCAGCUUCCCGAGCGAAACACAGAUGUCGCGCUGUGCUAUAGCGUUGCCCACCGAGUCCUCGAGCGGUGGUGUUGUCCUGAGCUUGUUUAACGGUCGCUCGGUUGUGCGAGAUGUGCACUAGAACCUUGUCCUUGGGUGGAGAGUAUUCUGAGACAGAGUAUUUUCGUGGAUAGCGUGGGCGAAUGUUAUGAUGUUACGUCAGAAGUCUAUCGCGUGUUAUUCGAACGGACCGUCGUGACCCGUGGGAGGCUUAGGGGGCAUGUGCCAUAGCAUCGUAUUGUGCACAGAGUACCUAACAAUGUUUGGUCGUGGUGCAGGUUACGUCAGACCGCUGACGGGCGACAAUCCAGCCACAGUAUGUUUGACGUCGAGGAAUUUGCGCUGGCGGCAGUGGUGUCAAAGCCCCGAGCGCACGCUUUAGCGUGCACGGCCAAUGCUAAAGUGACGCUCGCGGCUCCUCCGCAGAAACUUUUCUCUCUCGUGUCUCGUGUUCACGCUCAUGGUCUCAGGCACCUCCGUCUCGGGAGAAGCCCCUCCAGUUCAGUCCUCGUGUCGCCCCGUCCGCUUCGCCUGGCCCGGAGCGCUCUCCCGCCUCCCUCGCUCGCAGGCGCCGUUGGUCGUGUCUUUGUGCGGCCUUUGCGUCUCCGGUCGGCCCCCGCUGGACCCGCGGGCAGGGAACGGCUUGGUCUGCGGCUGCUGGCUGGCCGGCGUCCCUAGACUGACCUGGGGUCAUCACUAGGUGGCCUCUGCCCGGCGCUGCGUCGUGCCUGGUGGGGUUGCUUCUGGUGCGAGCACGCCGUUGGCUGUUGUGGCACCGUCCGCGCCGCUAGGGGAGUCGGGGAUUGAUUGACUCGGGGAUUUGGGAGUCGGGGACACCCCGGGGCACAGGUCGGCUGUCCCCCGACGUCGGAGGAGAGGGGCGACUUGCGCUAUUCCCUGCCACCUCUCUGUACAGCCUCUGACACAGCCGUGUAUAUGCCAGCUGUCUGUGGGCGUGGAGACGUUUGGCUAGAGCCGCAUGCUUUUACGCUGCCGCCGCGUGUACAUGCUCCAGCAUUGGUACGCUGAGGACAAUUGAGCCCGCGUCGGAGGUAACACGAGAAAGUCGUCUUCACUGCUGGGGACGUCAAAUGCCUGCAGGGAUGAUUGAGCUGUUAGUUACACAUCUGUGGACGUGCUUCUCCUCUCGUUCAGAUGGCAUAAUGACCUGUUGUAUGACUGGUGAAGUUGAACCAGAGGCGUCCAGCGGGCAUACGCUAUCCAUGCCAAUUUCAUUUAUCCGACUCGGAACAGUGUCUCCGGUGCGGAGAUCACGCGGCCCAGGUCCUGCCUUUUGGUCCUGAGUGUCUUUUGGUCCUGCCUUUUGGUCCUGAGAAGUUUCCAAUGAAUAGGAUGAAACUCUAACCUGAGGAAAAGUAGGCACCAGCGUUAAAGUGCGGCGCUUUUAAGCUCCAGAUGGCUUGCGGAAUCUCCACCGAUGAAUGCGGGGCUGCUGUCCCCACGGGCAUGUGAGCGGGCCCGCACUGGAAGGUUUUCAUUUAUCCAAUCCACCUUCUAUCGGUGGGGUGCUUGCGAUGACCACCCACGUCCUGUCCUGCCCUCUCGUUUAUCAUUUCACAUGUUUUACCACCAGGUAAUGGAACUGAAAGGGUACUUAGACAUGUGGACUCAUUGCUUUUACUUUGAGAAUGCUCUUACAUUCUCUAAACAUUAACUUAACUGCAAAACGUAAAAUUCCAAAAAAGCUAAGCGUAACGUAAGUAAGCGGAAUGAGCAUAUAUUUUUGAAAGCCCUUCAAAUGCCCUCGGCUGUAAGACAUGGAUAACAUGUGCCUUUAAUUUUCUUCAGUCCUAUACCGGACCAAUGGCUCGAUGUCAGUACCCAUGGGUGGGGGUUACCCUUCCCGUGAAGGUUUAUUGUAGAAAACUAAACGACAUUACCUUCCAUUCUGCGCCUCUCCACCAACCUCAUUUCUACGCGCACGACUUUUGAAUGCGGCAAAACACAUUGCGUCGGGCGGGAUAUGAUUGGUUGUUGGCUGCAGGAUGCCGGAGAGACGUCCGAGAUGUGAGCAAUAACAAACACACGUCACAUUGGGGCGCUGUCACAAAUGCUGCGAUCUCACUCCACCAGAGUCUGCCGAGGCGGCCACUCCCGUCACUAACUAAUGAACGGGCCGGAGUUCGGCUACCCAGGCUGGCGUCAUGACGAAAAAGCGCUGAUGACGCUACAUAGCGUUGCUCCAACUCGUGCCGCUGGGUUUACUGUCUACUUAAAGUGUUUAAUGUGCAUGUGUAUUUGUGUUGAUGGACGUAUGCAUGUUGAUGAGCACUUUAAAACGGAAGCACCGGUUUAUUUCCAGUGAGGGUUCCGUUUGGAUUAAUGUCGCCGAUUCAGUGAGGCUUGUAAAUGACUGUGAUACAUUUACCCAAUCAAUAAAGGCACCGAGUCAAAACAUG